AUGAAGCGGCAAUUUCUGCCCCACACACCACCGUGCCAGUCGCGGCAGCAGAGCGGUGCCUCGGCAACGCGGAUGUUCACUGGCAAUGCUCAGGAAAGUGAGGACUUCGCCGAGAUGGACGACAGUCACAGUGAGGUCGGCUUCGAUAGCAGCACAGUGUUGCUCUACGACACCUCGCACCAGCUUACCAACAAACCAGCUGAUGGGCCCAGCGGUGAGAGCGGCACCGGCAGCAGUAACACAGGCGCCUCGCCGUACGCGAUGUACGAGCCAACUUACGCGCAUAAACAGCACGGCCUGCUGGGGUCUGUGUUUAAGGGUGAGGCAACCGUCACCGCAGCGGGCUGGAGCGGUGGCUCGGUGUUCCCGGCUCCGGACGCCCCUUACUCGCAGCCCCUGCUGCAUCCACCCCAGCCGCCGCACCUACUGCCGCCUCCCUACCUCAGCGCCGCGUCAGCGCAGCCGCCUUUCACAGCUAACAGCUUGGGCAUCCUCGGCCCCGGCACCACCGCCGAGGGGGGAUCUGGGCCACCAUUGACCUCUGGGUACUUGUCGCCAACCACGGCUACAGAGCCAGGCACCGGCGCGGCGGUCAAGGUGGUACCCCCAACAGACGUACUGAAGGUGCCCCUACACGCACCGCGCCUGCGCGUCCCCGCGAACCUUCCGCUGGAGCAGACGACAUUGCUCGACCUCCUCGCCACCGCCGUCGUGCAAGGCGGACCAACGACGGAAGAGGAGAUUGUGAAGCGCGAGAUGGGACGCGGCAACCUGGCCUUCGCCUUCCUCGGCGAGAAGUUCAAUCAUCCCUGCAUGCUGUACUACCGCUGGCGACUGUACUCGUUGCUGCAGGGCGACACACUCGUCUCGUGGCGCACCCAACCCUUUCAGAUCGAAGAGGCACGGCGCGCCUACGUAUGGGUGCCGCCGCCGCCUCUUAAGGUCGGUCCGGAGUGCCUCGUCGGGUUGCACCAACCAGAGCUGCUGGACCCGGUCUUCGCAACGGGCAGCGGCACUGACGCAGCGGCAACGGCAGGCGGUGCUGACGACGAAGACGGAGCAGAGGUGAUUGUUCGCAUGGCACAUCGUCGCCGCGGCUGCCAUCGCCGUCGCCAUCGCCGCGGCCGAGACGCAGAGGCCGACAUGAAGAGUAAAAGAAGCCGCCAUGAUGCGGGAGACGAAAGGGGCCAUGGAAGCCGCAGCCACAGCGAUAGCAGUGGAAGCAGCAGUGGCAGCAGCCUGCAAAGCAGCAGCAACAGCAACAGUGAAUCGGACGACGAGCAAGAUAAGCCGAAGGGCCGCCGUGCCACUUUGGCAGAGUGUGGUAAUGGCGCCGAGGAGGCAACCAAAGCCAAGGAUCAACCGCUGGUGCAACCUCCCGUCAGCACAGGCGCAGAGGCCAUGUCCUCUGAAGCAGCACCAGCCGAUGCCGCCCGCGUUCGACUUCCGCCGCCGUCUGCGCAGUGGAUCUCGCGCCAGUGCACGGCGCACCGGCACGUCUUUGCGAUCCUGCAGCCGCACUUAGUGGCGAAGUGGACGGCGCUGCUGAACCCCUACGCAAUAGCAGACCCCGCCACCGUGGGCGAUAGUGGCCUUGCGACUCUCUGCGAGCGCUGGCUGCGACGAGACGAGGUUGCAUCUCGCAUGGCGUUCGCAAUUCGGCACGCCGUUGCAAUGCACCACCUCCUCAGUAUCCUGCUGGAUGCAGUGGUGAAGGUGGCAUAUGUGGCAACAGCGCAAUCACGUCAGCAGCCAACCGACUCCGUCGACCACCUUGACAGCAACGUCUACUGCGUGGAGGCGCUGUGGUACCUCUUCGUGCUGCACGACAUCGCGAUGAACGCGUCCAACGCGCCAGAGACAUCCACAACAUCGGCGACGAGCGUCAACAAGAACGCCCCGAACAGGCAGCAGCCACUGCAACCGCAGCAGGGGCUCGCCAUUGCCGCCGCCGGGAUAGUGAGCGGUACGACUUCGGCUGGUCGAACCGACACAGAUGAGGAGCUGUUUGCCUCUGAAGGAAAUCUGGAAGCACUGGAAACCCUCUACGACGUCUUAAGUCGCCAGCAUCUGGCUACCCAUGCAGGAGCAUCAACGUCCCCGUCGCCUGCGGCUGCAGCAGGAGUAGCAACAGCCACUGCGGUAUCGUCGCCGUCGGCGCCAGGGUCAACUCUGCGUCCUCGGCGCCGUCAGCGUCAUCCGCAGCGGCGUUCGUCCUACGAGCGGUGCGGCGAUGCGCUGGAGAUGAUUCUUCCGACGCUGAUGGAGGCGUGCACGGCAAUUGCUCUGGCGGUGUCCAUGGACAAGGAACGGCAGCGGUCGCAGACGAUGACGGCAUCAUCGACUCGAGCCCGUCACUUCAAAGUGCUUCCUCCUCACCAACAGCACCAGCAGCAGCAGUCAAAGACGAAGGACAAGCUGAACGCCACGGAGCACGAGUCGAUGAUGCCGUCAUCGUCCGCGACGCUGCCCGUCAGCAGUGGCCCUGCUCUGUCGCUGAGGCUUGACGCAGGAUGUGAUGCGGCCGCCGCGACGACGGCAUCGUCGUCGUCCACAUGGUCUCCCUCCUCCCCAUCCGCGGAGCACAGAGUCAACACGGCUGCUGGUGGCGGCGCAGAGACGGCAACGCCAUCGACAUCAUCAACGUCCUCAGCCCCGGCGGUGAUGCUCCUUUACUGGCUCAAGACAUUCCUCGUUGUUUGGAUGAACGUGGAGCAGCCGCUUCAGUCGCCGUCUGCGGGGGCAGGUACGGCGACCGGUGCCGUCGUACCGCCUGGUACGGUGUGGCCAGACUGCCAGGCCAACGCGGCGGACAUGCUGGACGUGAAGCUCACCUACCACGUGAAUCCACAGCACGCGUCGCUGCUUGGGCUUGACGCGGCAUCGCAACAGCAGCGAAGCGUCUGUCAUCAGCCGCCGCUGCUGAGCGCGCGUGCCUGUGCAAUCCUAAAGGAUCGCUACAGUUUUUUGUUUUAA